AUGGGCUGUUGCCAAUCAGUAGAUGCGGUGGAGAAUGACAGUGGGAAAGAAUUCAACGCUCUAAGGAGUAAAGGUUCUACUGACAAAUCCAUCACCAGAGACGAAUUUGCUGUAUACAUCGAGAAGAAAAUUGAACUUUGGAGUAUGCUGACUGUGAACCUGGGACUAACUGAUGAACAGUGUAAGGCUAUUGCGACCGAGGUUGCAUUUGGGCUUGCCUUGAAAGCACCAAAAGAUCCAAAACAGUCGGGCAAGAAGGAAGCCUUGCUGGAUGAUGACAGACUUACCAAAGAUCAGUUCCACCACUUUCGAAAGAACUAUGUUGUGGAUCCAAAGGGUAGCCUUGAAUUCUUUCACCGUUGCGUGUUUACUGCGUACGAUGAAAAUAAGAACGGUGUCCUCGAAAGAGAUGAAGUGGAUGAAUUCUUGGAUAUCUUUUACAAACAGGAUUCCAUCUUCAAAGGUGAUCAUCGACUACCCUCCAAAAAGAAACUCAAGAAACUGGUUUACAAAGAACUAGACAACAACGGCGAUGGUGUUUUGGAUUUUGAAGAAAUCCGUAUUCUAAUCAGCGGGAAGAUGGAUUUUACUUCCACGUCCUCUUCUUCCCAGAAGGCUUCUUCGAAAAAGAAAUCGUCAAAGAAGAAAUCGUCGAAAUAG